CAAGAAUUACAUUCACUAUUUCUUUUCUUUUUUUUUGCAUAUGACGUUUGAUCUGAGCAAUAGCUAUGUACAAUGACAGUAUACUAUUGUUCGCUAAAGCCUACUUAGUUGACUAAUUGUGUUGUUGUCUAAAACAUUGAACUAAGCAACCGGGUUGCUAGUGUACCUGGGUAUUCUAAACAAAGUUGAUUACCGACUUGUGUAUAUUUGACAACUAUACAUUAGUAAGCAGUAGCCUUAAAUACGAGUGCGGCUACGUACGAUGUGGCAGAGCUGAACAUCUCUACGUCUUCGGGAUUGACUCCGGAUGUACGUACAUACCUACCUAACCACCGGUAUAAUAAUACCAUCUUCGGGGUUUAAACGACGAUUGCUGCCCUCCGAGCACCGAGCAGCAGCCCCGCUUUACGGAUUGAAACCGCAAGAUACGACCAGAAACAGUUAACACUUAUAAUACACGACACGUCAGCGGUGCUUUUUUAAUAGUAAUAGGACUCUAUCACCAUGUACUUACUUACUUGCUUGCGCUAUGGUCUAUUGACUAAUAAAUUAUUAUAUAUUGGACAUCAGCAUCAUAUAUUCAACUUCAACCUACACAUAGGCGGAACGAUGUCUCCUCUAAAUAUCUCCAUUAUUGGGGCUGGUCCAGCCGGGUGUAUGCUUGGACGGAUUCUAUCAUUAUCCAAAAUCCCUUUCACAAUUUAUGAAAGCGAUGAGAGUCCAGAUUAUCGUUCUCAAGGAGGCUCGUUGGAUUUACAUCCCGGCACAGGCCUUGCGGCGAUGAAGGACGCUCAAUUAUGGGACGAGUUCUUGAAACACGGCCGAUUCGACGGCGACUAUAUGAUGAUGACCGACAAGGAGCUUAAGCCCUUCAUACAGUUCGGCCCUGGUAAUAAGCUCAGCGAGCGGCCUGAAAUUGACCGUGCUGAGCUACGCCGGAUCUUAGCAGAAUCGCUCCCGGAGGGAAGUAUCAAAUGGGGUCAUCGCCUACGACGUGUCGAAGAGGGGAACACUUUGGUCUUUGACCAUACAACAGUGUCCGGUUCCGAUCUCAUAAUUGGGUGCGAGGGAGGCUGGAGUAAGGUCCGAAGUUACGUCUCGCCGACAGUGAAACCACACUAUACCGGGGUUGGAUAUCAUGGUCUCCGGAUACCAGAUGCGGCAAACACCGCGCCAGAUCUCUAUAAAGUUGUCAAUCGCGGGAGCCUGUUUGCUAGCUCGAACGGGCAGAGGUUGGGGGUACAGCAGCUCGGCACUGGUAGCCUGAGUGUCGCCUGGUGUUCGCGUCGUCCCGAAAAUUGGACGCAGACUUGCGGAUAUGACCUUCAUAAUGUCGAUCAAGUUAAGAAAGCAACCCUCGAGGAAAUGCACGACUGGAGCCCACAGCUACGGGAAGCGAUCGAAAAGGCCCAAGAAGGCAUAUGCGAAGCGAAGAAUCUAUACAUGCUUCCGGUUGGCUGGCGCUGGGAGCAUCGCCGCGGCGCAACAUUCAUUGGCGACGCCGCACAUUUGAUGACCCCGUUCGCUGGUGAAGGAGUGAACGCUGCGUUUGACGAUGCGCGAAAACUCGCCGCAGCAAUCGUUAGGGUAGUCCAGGCGGGAGGCGGGCUAGACGAGGUCGAUAAGGAAAUACAAACGGCCGAGGAGGAUAUGUUUAAACGCAUGGAAAUAUACCAACGACAGACGGACGAGGUUACUAAGCUGUGGUUUUUCAGCGAGGGAAAUAUGAGGGAUGUUGUACCUAAGGUGAUGGUAGAGCACGCUAAGGCAAAGACGCCGGCAGCCUUCCAUCCUUUAGCCUGGGGACUCAUUAAUUCGUAUUGGUUCUUCAAGAAUAGGUUCUCAAGCUAGACGCCAUACCCAUUCAUUCUAGAUCGGAGUUUAGCGUAUUUAAGGGCAUGUAAUUUAUCAGGCUUAAAUCCUCUCUUGGAUGAUAAUAGUAUAGAGGUUUCUGUCUUGCGUUAUCUUAAUGCCAUAACUCGGAAUCAUCGCGUGCAACCAUCACACAAACCCGUAACAAUCAGCCACUCGUAUUGACCAAAAAAAGAGCAUCGUAUACUACUUAGCGUGGUAUCUCAUAUGUCCUUCGUUUCAGGUGCAGAGAUUGGCGAGGUUCAUCGUUGCGGGCGAGACAUCAUCUGCUGCGGACCUCAUCCGAUUGAAUCAGGUUCGACGUAACUAUGAUCGGACGGGAACUCCCACAGCGUGGAGACAUUAUACGGG